GUGUGUUUGUCUGUGUGAGAGCUCUGGGCUGCUGUGUGCGUGUGUGUGCGUGUGUGGCUGAUGGAGCAGGCCGGGAGGGGGAGCAGCACACGCAGUCAGGGGCUGAAUCCCCGCAUCCUCUCCUCAUUGCUGUCACAGCAGGAGAAGCCGCGGGACCGGGAGCCGGAGCCCGCUGUGGGGCAGUGCGAGCGGGAUCGGCGCAUCUUCCUCCAGCUGCAGUGAGAGCCGCGAUGCUGCCCUGGCGCAGGAACAAAUUCGUGCUGGUGGAAGACGAGCGCCAAGGCAAAGGCAAGAGCCUGGGCCCGGGGCUGAGCUACGCCUCCCUGCUCUCCAGCUUCGUGCGCUCCUGCCCGGACCUGCUGCCCGAGUGCCCGCUGGAGCGGCUGGGCAGCGUGUUCCGCAGCCGGCGGCACAAGGUGGAGCUGAACCAGGAGGACCCCACCUACACGGCCUGGUACCUGGGCAACGCGGUCACGCUGCAGGCCAAGGGCGAGGGCUGCACGGACGAGGCGGUGGGCAAGAUCUGGGCCAAGAGCGACGGCGGGGCCAGCGGCACCAAGGUGAAGCUGACGCUGGGGGCGCACGGCAUCCGCAUGGCCCCCUGCGAGAAGCGGGGCGGCGGCGGGCGGCGGCCGGGCCAUGCCUACCUGCUGCGCCGCAUCACCUACUGCGCGGCGGACGGCCGCCACCCCAAGCUCUUCGCCUGGGUCUACCGGCACCAGGUGAAGAACAAGGCCGUGGUGCUGCGCUGCCACGCCGCGCUGCUCUCCAAGGCGGAGAAGGCGCGGGCCGUGGCGCGGCUGCUCUACCAGACGGCCAGCGCCGCCUUCAGCGACUUCAAGCGCCUGCAGAGACAGAACGACGCCCGGCGCCUCCCGCUCCAGCCGCCGGGCGUCGUCCUGGUCCCGCUGGUGCCCAUCCGCAAGCUGCUCAACGGGCAGUGCCCCUACCGGCCCCCCGCCGACCGCAGCCGCGGCGCCCGCCGGCUCAGCUCCAUCCUGGAGGAGGAGGAGGAGGAGAACCUGGGCGCCGCCCGCCACCACGCGCCCUCGGGCCGCCUCAGCCCGGCCACCGGCUGCAACCAUCCCGCUCCGGCCCCCCUGCGCCGGGAGCGGGCCGAGGUGCUGACUUUAGCCCGGGAGCUGAGGGGCUGGAGCCUCCAGAGCCCACCGCCCUGGAAGCCCGCCCAAGAGAGGCCCUGCUUGUCGGGCUGCUGAAGCCAGCAGGCUAGAGACCGCCCAGCGGCCUUCCCAGAAGGGCCCGCCUGCCUGGGGUGAGGAUGGGCAGAAUGAGUCUGGAAAUGCCACCCGCUGCUGUGCCCCGGCCCGUGUGCCCCUCGCUGCUGCCUAGGGUGACCAGACAGCAAGUGUGAAAAAUCAGGACAAGGGGUGGGGGGGUAAUAGGUGCCUAUAUAAGAAAAAGCCCCAAAUAUCGGGACUGUCCCUAUCAAAUCGGGACAUCUGGUCACCCUACUGCUGCCUUUGCAGCCUGAGGAGAGGCAGACAACAGUCAUCAGGCCCUGCUGACUGGCAGGGCUCACACACAGACCGGCUGACCUGCCCAGCCUGCAGGUAACACUCCUUCACUGCCCUCUGAGUCCAGGCACCAGCUCCGAGGUGGCCCUUUCACCUGAGAGGACAUUGAAAUGAUCUAGACCGGUUGGUGCAUAUCUCCAUCUCUUCCACACACACCUCCCCGCCCCUCCACACACACACAGACCCUUGCUAACCAGCUCAGAGACAGACUGCACUGACUCUAAUGACUGGCAUCUGAAGAAGUGAGGUUCUUACCCACGAAAGCUUAUGCUCCCAAUACUUUUAGUCUCAAAGGUGCCACAGGACCCUCUGUUGCUUUUUACAGAUUCAGACUAACACGGCUACCCCUCUGAUUAGAGCCAUGGACAGGCUCCUGCUAAACUGAGACAUACCCGCAAGGUCUGGAAGGGUGAAGGGUUCCCUGAAUGGGCAGCUGCCACAGGGAGCAACUCUUGUGUGUAUUUUGUACUUCCAGUGAUUUCAAGGAAAGAGAGAGAGACACACACACACAAACUGGGGGUGGGGGAUGAUAUUUCCAUUUCAGCCGAGGGAAGGAGAAGCUGGUUCAGCUGAAGUGACUUUUACUACUUGAUCUAAACUAAAAUUUAUAUGUUAAAAAAAAAGCCAUCUAUUUACAGAGAGAUGCCCUUAGAUUUCACUUCUAUUACAACGUGCAAUUUUUCUGUACAGUUUUGUACAUGUCACAUAGGACAGGUGCCUGUAUGUGUCUGACACUGGGGAGGGGAUGUGGCUUGGGAUGGGUUGUACCGCACGGUGGGGCUGAGUCUGGUUUUCCAAGGUGCUGGGCCCCCAUAGCUCUCCAGAAGGGGUUGUGUGGGCGCUCCAGAGCUCUGCAAAUCAGGCCACAGUUACAUGGCUAAAGAGAAGUGUCUACAUUCAUAUUUAGGCACCUAAAUAAGCAUCCUUAUUUUCAGAGGUGCUGAGCACCUGUUGUCUUUGGUGGGAUUUGAAGAAGUUCAGCACCUCUGAAAAUCAGCCCUCUUUGAGUUAAGUAGCUAACGGUGGGUUUAGCUGUCUACAAUUUGGCUCCCAAGUUUGGAAAAUUUGGCCCUGGGGUUGCCUAGCUGUGUAGGGCCGCCCAGAGGAUUCAGGGGGCCUGGGGCAAAGCAAUUUUGGGGGCCCCUUCCAUAAAAAAAGUUGCAAUAUCAUAGAAUACUAUAUUCUUGUGGGGACCGGGGCCUGGGGCAAAUUGCCCCACUUGCCCCCCCGGGCAGCCCUUUAGCUGUGUCUUAAGGAGAUGGGCUCUAGAACACCCAGGAGUCAAAUUCUUCAUCUUGCUUUGGCUUCAAUGGGGUUACAUCGCGGACAGAUUUGGCCCACAUGUGUCUGACUCUGGGGAUGAGAUGCAGAGCAUCACACACAGAAAGAAGCUUUGUUCUGACACAGAACAUGGGGUGUUUUAACCCCAGGAGAAGAUGGUCAGCUGCACGUCUCCUUUGUAUGUUCACAGUGCAAAGCCCAACGGCAUGUGUGUGUGCGUGCGUACACACACACACAC